UCUAUCUAUCUCUAUGAAGGGAACACACUGAGCGGAACAAAAGUAACCAACAUGAAUGUUCCACUACGGAUUUAAUUUCCGUUACUUCUGACUCUCGGGAUGGUUUUAGCUAGCCGAUGAAUUAAGCUAAUAAUGUAUGUUUGUGUCUCACAAUGUCAAUACACUCACGUUUAUAUCGGUUACAUGUAUAACUUUGAAGGAAUCUGCUGAUAUUGUUGUCUGCCACAAUGGAACGUGAUAUUUUAGAUGUUCUGGAACAAAUCGGGUAUGACGGACCUCUGCAGGAUGAGGAGACGCUUGUCAAAGCAUGUGAAGGUGGACUGUCAUCACCUGAGUAUAUCAACCUUUGCAUGUGGUUUAAAUCCCGUCUGACACCGUUAUGUGACCUGGAAGAGAGCAGUACAUCAGGUUAUGGUGAUACUGAUGGCCUUCGGUUUGAGAUGAGUGGUAUGCUGAAGGAGUUGGAGUGCCCCUAUCAAGGCCUUGUCUCCGGGAUUCUACAGGGAGGGCUGCAGAAUAAAGAAGACCAUCUAAAGCUAGUAUUGUUUUUAAGCUCAGAGGUACAAGCUGCACAGAUUGUGAAGAGCCGACUUGUUGAGGACAAACAACACAAAGACCGAAAUGAUCUCCAGGCAAUCUGUGAAACACUGAAGCUCCCACAGCCAAGAGGGCAGGAAGUAGUAGAGCUGUUCUCCGGGAUAGAACAAAAGAUAAACGCAGUGUUUCAAGAGCUUCCAAAUGAUCACAUUGGAAAGCCUGUGCUGAAGAACAAUCUCGACAGUGAACAGUGGGAAAGGCUGGAGCAGAUCAACACGGUCCUGUCCUCACAGUAUGAGUGUCGGCGGAGGCUGCUGAUCAAACGUCUGGACGUCACUGUGCAGUCUUUCGGCUGGUCAGACAGAGCCAAGGAGAGAGUUGACUGUAUGGCCAGGGCCUACCAGCCUAAGAGACACUCCCUGGCCCAGAUGUCGUCUGUGGGCAUGGCUCACCUGCUGGCAGCCAGGGAGGACAUAUGCAACGUGGUGAAGACCAGCAGUGGCUCAAGCAGAGAGAAUACUGCCUGUGCCGUCAAUAAGAUCCUGAUGGGGAGAGUGCCAGAUCGCGGUGGUCGGCCCUCUGAGAUAGAUGCCCCCCUCCCUGAGAUGCCAGCCUGGCAGAAGAGACAAGACGGAGGUUUUGGAGGUCGUGGUGGUGGUGGUGGUGGUCGAGGAGGUGGUGGUAGUUGGGGAGGUGGUGGUAGUUGGGGAGGGGGUGGUAGUUGGGGAGGGGGUAAGAGUGGCUGGCGAGGAGGGGGUGGAGUAGGAGGGGGCGCUGGUUGGGGUCACGGAGGAAAGAGGGGACGUUAUCAAUACUAACAAUGAUUUAUUUUUGACUGAAAAGCCAAACAGUGUUAACUGAAACCUACUCAUGUGUACCUGCUUCGCUAAGGGCAACACUAAGGCAUUGUUUAUUUGGAGUGAUGUGGACUUGACUGAGAUUUACAGAAUGCUACUGUAGGAACACUCCCAAAUAUUUGUCACCCAUUUUUGUGUUCAUUUUCAAUGCUGUUAUGAACUGUGCUGCUGAGGAUCGUUGUAGAAGCAACGAGUCAAACUCACUGGCCAUUUUUUUUUAUAGAUUUAUUUUAUUAUUUUGGUAACACUUUACUUGACACCCAGUGUUAACACGUUAUGACACGGUCAUAACCUGUUAUAAUACUGUGAUGAUGCAUAUAUUUACACCGGUUGUGACAUUGCGCUAUUUUAUUGCUGGUUAUGACACCUACAUAAGUGUCAAAACCCACAUUUAUUCAAAUUAGAUUUUCCCUGCCAAGAAAUGUCCUCUUUGUUUUUGUUUAGUCAUGUAUUUUUUAAUAAAUGUUUUAACUUGUAGGAAAUAGUCUUUAUGACAG